CCCUCGCAAAAACCUUUUGCUGCGUCCAUGGCCAUCUCCUCCACCUUGCGCCGCGUCCCCUACUGUGCGCCCGCCGCGCGCGGCCUCCUCGCCGCCUGGGGCGCCGGAUCCGGCGGCUUCGCUCUUCAUCCGCGGAAUCAUGUCCACCGCCAUGGCGCCUCGUCUGCGUCGCUUUUCUCUUCGCUGCCUGGUCUGCAGAUGAGCGCCGCCGCGGCCGACGCGCAGCUCCUCCGGGUCAUAAACAUGGAGAUCUCUUACGCCCAGAAAGAUUGCAGGAAUCGCAACUGGUCAAAGGAAUUAGGUGAAAGCUUUCCUUUUGAAAUCCAAGAUAAGGAUGGCACCGACAGGAUAACACUUAAGAGGAGUGAUCAUAAAGAACAAAUUGAAGUUGAUGUGUUCUUGCCAAGCCCUGUCAACAAGGCUGAGGUAAAUGGUGAGCAAGAGGACCAGUCUGAAGAUGGCAAACGCAGCAGUCACACUGAUAACGGUGUCCUGGCUCAGUAUUGUAUCCCUUUGAUGGUGACGAUUCGCAAAGGAGAAGCUUCGUACUUGCAAAUCAGCUGUAGCUCUUACCCUAAUGAACUGAUCAUUGAGAGCUUCUCGUUUGAACCAAAUAAUGGAUCUGGUGAUUCGGCUAGUCAUGAAGCUAAGUUGAGUAAUCUUCCUGAGGAAUUUCAGAAGGUAUUGUAUUCCUACUUGAAAAGUAGGGGCAUUUCAACGGAUAUUACCGACUUCAUGCAUGCUUACAUGAUAAACAAAGAGUGCCAUGAAUACUUGUCUUGGCUGAGAAAAGUGAAGGGUCUGAUCAUAAAUUGAAUAAAAGUAAGGAAUAUAAGCUUCGUCUUGUAAUUUACGUAGUUUACUCAUGUUUCUUUUCCUUGGUUUUUGAACCUUUUUCCAAGCAACUAUGGGCAAUGAGACGGUGCCGUAGUCCUGCUGCAAACGCAGUUCUAAUUCUAAUUGAGAGCUUUUAGUUUUACAUCAUCACAUGUUGAUGGCGGGAGCACAACAUUUAAUUUAGAAAUGCCUUUUCUUUGGUAUAAAUUCUGUUUUCACCGGGUGAAUAUAUGCCCAAAGAAAACUCAAAAGUUCAAAAACAAGUUUAUAUUUCCCAGUUCUGAAUAGGA